AAUAGUAGCUAUUCAAUUUAUUCUUUCACUACGAGAAAGUAGAGUGAAGAUAAAUAUCUUAAUUAGAGGUUCUUUAGAGCUUCAUCUCAGUUUCUUUUCAUCAGCAUUGUAUCUACGAAAGUGACAAUAGUGAUCAACGUGCUAGAUGAGCCAAAAGAGCGAUCCAACCUGUAGCCAUAAUUACAAAAACAGUAAUGACAAAAAGCAAUCCUUCGAAUAUGAGCAAUGUGUGCCUUCAACUACUGUAGUAUCUGAUAAAGAAAUGGUUGACACACUAACAGAUGAGACAAAAAGUAGACAUCAAGCAGCAUUAAUAGAAUAUUGUGAAGAUGUGCCGCCUUCUUUGAUAAUUGAUGAUGAUAAAAUACAAGCAAUCAAUGAGGAGGUAUCUGCUAUCACUGAUGGUUUAGUUAGAAUCAAUCAUCAUGAAUCAGAUGAUAUAAGAACGGGCCACCAAAUACAUUCAAAGAGGCACAAUAAAGAUCGGGUCGGGGCAUCAGACAAACAAAUAUUUAAGAGUCAUGAUAACGGAUCACGAAGUUGUCAUCACGAACAUGUAAUCAAACAUGGUAAAGAAUUUUCUUUGAUAGAAGAUUCAUCAGAUGAUAAUGAAAUUACCGAGCCAAGCAAUCUAGAUGAUAGCAUACUACUUGGUCAAACAUCAUUUCUAGAAUAUGUUAAAGAUGUUGUUUCGACCAUCGAAAUAAUAGAUAAACAAGCACUUGGGACUGAAAUUGAUAUGAAAAACAAAGAUGCAGCUGCAAUUAGUGACAUAUCAGAUAAGGGAAUUAUUGAGCCUUCGGUAACUGAUGACGGCAGAAAUGACCGACGAUUUCAAGAUUGUAAUAAAGUCAUACUUUCGGUAAUCAAAAUAUUAGAUAAACAAAAGGUUGAACCUAGAACUGAAGAUAAAAUAUGUAAUAAUAAACCAGAACCAAUGAAUACUAUUGAAUCUUCAAACACCGAUGCCUUAGAUACAAUUUUUGAGCCACGUGUCAAUGAUAAAAUAACAAAUCGAAAUAUAAUAUUGCCUGACAGUGAUGCAUUGACGCCUAACACUAUCAAAUUACCUCCAACAUUAUCAAACUUGGAGAUACUUAAGGCACAUUUAGCACUGCAGCAGCAUAGAGAAAAUUCGUCAAUGUUAUUGCGAUCAACAGCCACACAACUUCGAAUUUUGUCAAAUCUCCCAUCUCCAAUGUCUAUAAAUUUAGCCCCAACCCAACCGCAGUCUCUAUUUCUACAAGCGUUGUCAAAAUUAAAUGAAGGCUCAAUUGAUAUUGCAGUAAACUCUUUGGGCAAACCUGAUUCAUCAAUGAGUCGAGCUAUAGUUGUUACGAAUACUCCAAAAUCACCAGAACUGACAACACCAGCUUCACUUGGCAGUGCACCACCGUCCUAUUCUUUUGUUUUAAGGCAAAUGGCGGUAAGAAGACGCCCAAGAAUGUUUGGUGCUUUUGUACCAUCCCCGUCGUUCAUACAGCACACUCCUCCACCUACUUACACAGCUUCCUUUGAUAUUUAUUUGGAUAAUUUGCCUCCACCGCCAACUCGUGUGUAUAAUUUUGGAUUUGCACCUAUGCUAGUCGUCUGCCCAGACUGUGGAUUUACUGGGAUGACUCAUAUUACCACUAAAAUUACACUGUGCACACAUCUUUGUGCCUUUACAUUGUGCAUUAUGUGUUGCUGGAUCUGCGUUCCUUUGCCCUACGUUAUGCGAUCAUGUAAGGAUGUGUACCAUUACUGUCGAAAUUGUAGAUCAUUCUUAGGCACAUAUUGUCCUACUAAUCCUGACAAUAUUACUAUACGAUGAAAAUAAAUUAUUUAAUAUAUA